AUUGCAGGCCUCUCUUUUUCUCUUUGGGUCUUAUCUUUGGAUGAGAAAAGAGAUGUGGUUUAAUGGAGUCUUCUCCUGAAUAAUAUUAAUAAUUAAUAAUAAUAAUAAUAAUAAUAAUAGUUAUUAUUAGUCAAAGAUACGAGUCCAUAGCUGCUUUACCACCCCCUUAAGAAGAAGAAUUUUUUUCUUAUUUCUUCUUUAAACAAGAAAUCAUAUAUUUUUGUAUAUCUAUACAUCAUAAUAUUAUACACGUAUAUAUAUAUAGAUAUAUAGAUAAGAAGACAGCUAAUGGUUUUUUUUCUUCUUCUUCUUCUUCUUUCUUCACCCCGAUAAGUUGUUUCGAUUGGUUAAAAAGAUAAAAGGCAAAAGUAGUGAUAAAAGUUUGAUGAUAUGGGUAAGAAGAAGAAGCAGCAUCAGAAAACAAAGGAAAUUUCAGUAGCCAUAGCUGAACCAGCUUCAUCUUUAAAAGGAGAGCCUCAUCAUCAUCAUCAUCAUCAUCAGUCGACGCCGAGAAAGAGAGGUAGGCCUCGGAAAAUUAGCAUUGAAAAAAGUCUACAGAAAAAAGAAGAAGAAGAAGAAAUAGAAGUUGGUGAUGAUGAUGGUAUCAUUAUUAUUAGCCAGAGUCAAUCCAAGAAAGCUAAAAUCGAUGAACAUGAAGUAGUAGAAGGGGAAACUAAUCAUCAUCAAAAGCUAAUUGAGGACAAAGAAGAAUCAUCGGCAACCAUUGGAGGAGGAGCUAAUAAUAAUAACAUCAAGGAAAUAAAUCACACAAAGAAAAGUAGGAGAAAAAACAAACCCAGAAAGAGUAGCUAAUAGUAUUUAAUCUAUAUAAUAAAAAUCAUCCUAUUCUUCUGCUUCUCAUGUUGUGUAUUUAAUAUUAGUGUACAUGCAGAUUUUUUUUUUUCUUUCUGUCUCUUCUCUCUCUAAUGUUGUUAGCUUAUUUUGGUUAGAAUGGGCUUGAUUUAUAUUAGUAAAGAUUUGAGUUGCAUAUGA